AUGGCUGGGCCGUCCCCGUUUCUUGAACCGGGUCCAAAGACAAGUCCAAACACUCUGGCCAUUGUCAGCCUGUCCCGCGACAACUUCCAGCCCAUCACCCUCGAGCAGUCCACCGGCGCCGUCGACGGAUAUGCCGAGGGCGCGACACUCAACACCCGGUUUGGCUCCUUUCCUCACUCGACGCUUCUCGAUAUACCAUGGGGGUCGCAGGUUCGCGCCUCGGUUGUCGAUACCGGAUCCAGGGGGCGCAAGCGAAGACGGGGUGAGGUGGAAAGCGAAGACACGCCGGCCCAGAGCCACGACGAAGCCCCUGACGAGCAGGCACCGGCAGCGCCCGCAAAGGCCGUGACCGCAGCCAGCGGCUUCGUCUACAUCCUCCGGCCGACCCCUGAGCUGUGGACCAGCUGCCUCCCGCACCGCACCCAGGUCGUCUAUACCCCCGACUAUAGCUACAUCCUCCAGCGCAUCCGUGCCCGGCCGGGCUCCCGGCUGAUAGAGGCUGGCGCCGGCAGCGGCAGCUUUACCCACGCAUCGGCGCGUGCCGUCUACAAUGGCUACCCUCGCGCCGCGGGGCACAAGAUGGGCAAAGUGUUUAGCUUCGAGUUCCACGAGCCGCGCUUCCAAAAGAUGCAGGAGGAGAUCAAGCAUCACUCGCUCGAGGGCAUCGUUGAUAUAACGCACAGAGAUGUGUACAAAGAUGGCUUCUUGGUAGCGGGAAAAUCCCCCGAGGCAACCUCUGUCUUUUUGGACCUGCCGGCGCCAUGGGAGGCGCUGCAUCACCUGUCUCGGCGGAAGAUGCAAAAUGGGGGCGAGGAAGAUGACAGCUCUGCAUCUUGGGAGUCGCCCCUAGACCCGAGACGGAGCGCUUACCUUUGCACCUUUUCCCCAUGUAUUGAGCAGGUCACCCGGACGGUGACGGAACUACGGACUCUGGGAUGGACAGACAUUGACAUGGUGGAGAUUUCGCACAAGCGGUUGAACGUGACGCGGGAGCGUGUAGGUGUCAACCUGCCCAGCGAGAAGGGAUUCAACCCCACGCCUGCCGACGUCGAUGAGGCCAUGGCAAAGCUCAAAAGCGACCUGAAGAGGACAAAUGAUUUCCACAAGUUGCAGCAACCGCAGCCUGAAUCCACAAUGGACGUCGAUGAGCCGGCACUCGAUGACGUACCAGAGGCCAAUGGGGGAGACGCCGACAGAGAGGACGAGGAGCCCGUCUUUAUGCAGGGCCGCAUUGUCCACCGCACCGAGGCGGAUCUCAAGUCUCACACGUCGUAUCUUGUCUUUGCCGUGCUGCCACAUGCGUGGGACGAGGAGGCGGAAGAAGCAGCGCUGGCGAGAUGGCCCUGCGGGAAAGAGAGCAGAACGAUUGGCAACAUGGACAAGCAGGCGCGCAAGCAGGAGAAGAGGGAGAUGAUGGCGUCCAAGAAGAAGAAGAAGAAGAAGCAGGAGGGGGAUGUAGCUCAGACGCCGAAUGCAGAGGGGUGA